GGUGUGGGCGGCCCGUAGCGUGUGCUCGUCGCUGCAGUGUGUGAAAGCAGUAGUUGGUCGUUGCAGGGGAACAGUUUGGAAGGGUAGACUACAGCAGAGAGACUAAUUCACUGAGGAAUACUGAGGAAAAUGAUCCCAGCUAAGGUUACACUACCACAGAGGACAUACAGCAUACACUAUGGACUCUGAAUCUCUGGACAGUUGUAUCCAGAGCACCCUGUCAGCCCUCUACCCUCCGUUUGAUGCCACAGCUGCCACGGUGCUGUGUCAGGUAUUUGAUGGGGUGGAGACCAGCUACAGAGGAGACGGAUUGAGAUACCUGAUAGACUUCCUGGUCCCUGCCAAACACAUCCUGCAGACCAUCCAGCAACAUGCCUGUUUCCCGUACUGUGGCCUGUUAUUCCGUCACCAGGGCUGGCCUCUGUGUCUCCACGACAAGGUGAUCAUCCAGCUCUCUUCUCUGGAUCCACGCAUCCUCCGCCCCGGGGACUUCUACCUACAGGUGGCAUCACCCUCUGUCUCCCCCACCUCUAGCCCCUCCUCCACCAACACCCCCAGCCCCCCCUGUAUCAUCCUGCGUUGUCUGGCCCCCAGUGGGCAGCAUGUAGAGGAGGUAAAGGUACCAGAGCUAGCCUACACCUCCCUCUUCACCAUGGCCUGGCUCCACUCAGUCAACAGGGAUCGGAGCGGAACGGGAACGGGGACAAGGUCUGGGACAGGGUCUGGGACAGGAACGGGGACAGGAACGGGGACAGGGUCUGGGACAAGGUCUGGGACAUUGUCGGGGACAGGGUCUGGGAGGACACUGUCCCACUGCCUCCUUUCUGCAGGGAACGACAUCUUCAGAGUACCCUGGGAGGAUGUCGUCCACCCUCAGUUCAUUAACAGACCCACAGCCACGGUGGCUGCGCCGAUUCGGGUCCCUACCAAGGGAGAAGGGGACAGGGGAGGGAACAGGAUGUCUUCAAGCCUUCGGAGAGGGCCAGAUGCAUUUUGAUUGACACAUCCAAGG